UCAAUGACAUACAUUUUAUAUCUGAAGAUUUACUUUACUUAAUUUUACCAACUUCUAGCAACGUCUAGCAACUGGACAUUACACAACAUACGCAGAAAGGGCCCGCACGGGGCACAGCACUGCUAGCAGUUGGCAACACUGCGUACGGCGGCUGGCUGCCCCUGCCCUGCCGCCAUUUUGUUUUCAUUCUAAUCCAAAUCGAGCAGCACAGGUUACGUCAACUCGCAGCCCAAUUUAAUUUUUCAUUCGUGCUUUGUAAUUUGAGGAAAUUACACGCGGUCGUGUUAGCUUAUAGUUUUAAAUUAUGGACCAAUAAGUGCUACGUGAGGUGAUAGCUGUUUCAAUGUGUUAUAAUCAACCAGUGCUGUGUAAAUUCCGAUAACUGAUGUGCAGUUGAAGAUUGUGCUUGGCAUGGUGAGAGCAGGGACUACGGUCGCCACCCAACAUGUCGAAAGAAAUAGCCGAAGAGUACGCGUCGAGUUUGGCGGACCUAACCGUCAACAGCAAGCCUUUAAUCAACAUGCUGACGAUUCUAGCCGAAGAGAACAUCGACCACGCAGGAGUUAUCGUUGAGACCGUGGAGAAGCAUUUGGAGAAGGUACAUCCAGACAUCAAGCUGCCCGUUCUGUAUUUAGUCGAUUCAAUUAUCAAGAAUGUUGGACGGGCGUAUACUCAGAAAUUCUCCCAAAUAAUAGUCAACAUGUUCACAAGGACUUUCAAACAGGUGGAUGAAAAAGUGAGGUCACAGAUGUUUAAACUGCGGGAGACGUGGCAUGAUGUGUUCCCGGCCACAAAGUUGUACCAGUUGGAUGUGAAAGUGAACUUGAUUGACCCCGCGUGGCCGAUACAGGCGCAGCCGCAGCAGUCAAACAUCCAUGUAAAUCCAAAUUUUCUGAAAAAGCCAGUUGCAACAACCAGUACAGCGACUGCUCCUCCAACUGAAGAUGAGGAGAAGAUGCGAACUAUCGUCGCUAAGAAAGAGCAAGAGCUUCUGAUGCUGCAGCGCAAGAAGAUUGAGAUGGAGCUCGAGCAGGCCCGCAGGCAGCUCGAGAUCACAGAGAAAAGUACUAAAAUGCCGCCAGCGGCGCCUCCUAGCGCGACAGUAGCGCCAUCUAUCCCCCGGGCGCUCGUGAACCCGGUUGUGGCGCCCGUGGCCCCGGUGCCGGCUGAGCCGGUGCCUGUCAAACAGAGGCUCGGACCGCCGGUCCCCAAACAGUCGCGCAUCGCGCCCGUGAGCGGAGCCCUAGCGGGCGCCCGCCGCGACCCGCGCCUCGCGCGCCGCGGCCUCGACCACGUCAUGCCCACGCCCUCCAUACCGCCGCCCAUCGCCCCCAACGUCUUCGACAUCAAACCCCUCGACAGAAUACACAAACGCAAAAACGUCAUCACCAUUGACGUCCAACCUGACGUCCAAAACGACAGACCGCGAGACCCGAGGCGGCGGGACCCCCGACUCGAUAGACGAGACAAAAUCAGGGCCAAAAGGGAAGAGCGCAAACGCGAGGAGAGACGCGUCGAAUCGGAAAAGAAAGAUGAACCAAAACCGGAACCCAUCCCGGACUUCAUCAACAAAAUACCCGACAUGAAAAAGAUAAGCAAACUCCCGCCUAUACCCAAAAUCAGCAAAGCGGACGACGCUAAUAAAGAGUCGCCCAAAAAGCGUAAAGAUGAAAAGAAAGAUAAAGAUGUUCGGGUCGAGAAAAAACCGAGACGAGACGGCAGCAACAGCAGCAAGGACUCCAACAGCUCCUCUCCUGAGAAACGACCUAAAAGCAAGGAAAAGAGAAAGAAGGAGAGACGGGAGGAGAAACAAGAGGAGGAGAAAGCGGCCGAAAGUGAAGUCGUCGCGUUCAAAGAACUCCGCAACUACCACAAGGAACGCUAUAUGAGAAGGAACAAGGAGAAAUCUGAAAGUCCAGAGAAAAUCGUCGCCGAAUCUGAGGAUGUACCCGUUUCUGAGUCAUCAAAUGCACCAGAAGUGGCCGAAAACAAGGAUAUUGACCUUAGGAUUUUGCCCACCGUGGAGGUGAAAGCUUCACCAGUUACUCAAAAGAGACCUUCGACUGAGCUGCUUGAAGGAAAGUCGAAGAAGAAUAAACAUGACAAGUUCGAUAUUCUCUUCGGCAAUGAGGACGUGGACCUCCGUCAGCUGCCCCAAGUGGAAGAGGUGUCCGCUCCUCCCCCGCCCCACAUCAAUGACUCCCCCAAAACUGAGGGCGACAUGGACGUGGAUUUGGAGCUCGAGUACUCUCCUAAGAAGGUUCGCCACGCCAAGCCAGUGUUCACCAAAAUUGAUGGAGACGUGGACCUCAGACAACUGCCGCAAGUGGAGGAAGCCGCUCCGGCGAAGAGCGAAUCUCCUAAACCUGCAGACGACAAUAUGGCGGUAGACACGGAAUCGGCAAUGAGAUCUCCUAAAAAGGACUGGAACGAGGUGAAAGAGAAAUCUGAGGAGGUGAAGAAGACUCCUUCGAAGCUGGACCUGGUGCGCGCGAAGCUGGCUGAGGCGACCAAAGUCAAGGACGGCUUGGGACGACCGCUUUUGUUCAGCAAGUCUCCUAGCGUUGAAAAGGAGCGUCGGCGCACCCUCAGCUCUGAGGACACAGACCUGCGCAGUGAAAACACCGACGAUUUCGACGCGAAGGACCACAAAAAGGCCAUAUCCAUCAUCAUGAGCCAAGCUAAAGAACAAUACAGCGACGGUAACAUCGAUAAGAACCAAUACAACGCUCUUAUGUACCAGGUCUUACAGCUGAACGAAAAGUUGAAGCUAAAAGAGGCGAAACAGAGGGAAUCCUUCGAACAAUCUAAACGGAAACUCCAAGCUAGCAUAGACAAAAACCACAAGGUAGCCAGUCCCAAGACUUCUCCGAAAGAUAUGAAUAAAUUCGGCGAUAUCGACGAGAGAAUCACCCCAGCAUUGUUUUUAGACACGCCGCCGGACAGCCAACAGGAAUACUUGAAAGAUUCCGAUAUGAGAAUGUCCCACCAGGAUCUGAUGGAUGGACCGAGUAGAAAAGGGUUGUUGCCCUAUCCGCCGAGAAUGCCCGCGUUCGGUCCCUUCCCUGGCCCCGAGAGACCGAUGUGGAGAGGGAACAGACUGAGAAUGGAAGAAUUCGGUCCAAGAAGAUUUAGAGGACCAAACCCACAGUUUUAUAGAGGAAAUAGAGCAUUAAGACCUCAGUUUGAGCCGCCCAGACCCAUGAUGCCUCCAUUGCCAACUCCUCAAAUGGGAACGUGUCAGGGUGAAUGUCCUUUAGCACCAUACGAACCGAGUGUGCCUCCUCCGCCUUUAGGCGCCUCUGGUAUUAUAAUCCCGCCAACAGAUUUCAGAAUCCUAGAAUAUAUUGACCAGGAUCCGAUGAAAACUAUUCAAAUUGAUGGUAUACCUAGAGAGAUUAGGUUUUACGGUGAUACCGCUGUCAUAAUGAUGGAUUGGGACGACCCUAGAGAACUGAAAUUCUUGCCGGGAAGUAGGAGAGUCACAUUUGAUAACAAGGACUCUGUUGUGCUGUCGUUCAACGAAGGCUAUAAGCAAGUGGAGAUUGACGAUCAAGUUUUCGAAAUGAGGUUCGGCGCACCCACGAGAGAGCUGUAUAUAAACGGGAGAUGGUUCGAGUGUUUCUUCGGCGGGCAGCCUUUAGGAGUAAUCAUUGAUGGCAAACCAAGAUUAGUGCAUCUGGAAGGGCCGUUACCACAAGUGGACAUCGGUAAAACGAAGCGGCAAGACUUAGUGGCAGGAAAAAUUAACUUGAUAGUGAACGCGACGCAGAUGUUUCCGAUAUAUUUGGACGCGAAAGUGCAGAAGUUUCAAAUCAACAAUCAGUAUUUUACUAUUCGCUUCGUGGACUCUUUAAGGACAGUUCUGAUAAACGAGCAACCGUUUAAAGUCGAGUUUGGGGAUUUGCCUAAGCCGAUAUCUUUGGGCAAUGAGAAAUACUUUAUAAGGUUCUCGGCCCUUCCUCGCUUCAUAAAGCCUGGACAAGUGCAUAUAGCUAACAUGGAGGGUGCUCCCUUAACCGUGCCGCCGGAGAUGCCCAUACUCGGCUUUGAGCAGAUCCACGACCAGAACUCGAUGGACGUCGACCAGGAAACGCCUCGGCCGCAGAAGACGCCUAGUCCUGAAACUAAUCUUGAAAAUCAAGGCCUGGAUAUGCUUGCAAGUGUGAUGCCUUCCAGCAUCGCCCCGGCCUCCGCCUCAGAGUACAGCUCAGCAGAGCCUUUCUUCACGAAGCCAGACAAGAUUCCUGGACUCGAAAUACCUGCAGACGAGAAACCCAACCCUAUGAAUCCAAUACUACUCGCUAACAUGAAUGUGAACGAUUUGUUUGCUAAGUUGGUGGCUACUGGACUGGUAAAUUUGAAGAAUGAAACGAAGGAGGAACCCAAAGCUGAGCCCAGUCCGGAGAAGCCGAAGGAAGACAAGAGUGUGGUGCAUAAAGUUGACUUGUUGAAGCCUGAGACACUUAAAGUCAAGCAGCAGGCGCUGGUGUGGCGGCUGUACGGCGGCAUGCAGUGCAGCGGCUGCGGCGCGCGCUUCCCGCCGGAGCGCACGGUGCGCUACAGCCAGCACCUGGACUGGCACUUCCGCCAGAACCGCCGCGACCGCGACUCUGCGCGGCGCGCGCACUCGCGCCACUGGCACUACGACCUCUCCGACUGGGUGCAGUACGAGGAGCUCGAGGACCUCGAGGAGAGAGAAAAGAGUUGGUUCGAGACGGGCGGGGGCUCCGCAGCGGAGCGCGAGGCGCCCGCGCCGCUGGCGCCCAGCGCCCCGGCCGGGGCACCUCACCACCACUGCGCGCUCUGCGGCGACCACUUCGACCAGUUCUACAACGAGGACAAGGAGGAGUGGCAUCUCAGGAAUUCCGUCACGCACAACGGCGACCACUACCAUCCGAUGUGCUUCGAGGAUUAUAAGGCGUCUCUCACAAAAGUGGAGUCGGAAGCGGAAGUGGUAGAAGAGGUCGCCAUAGACAAGAUAGACCCGGAGGAGGCCAUAGAGAUCAAGGACACAGACGAGAUCAACUCUCAGUCUGACAACGAGUCCGAGGUCGAGGUCGUUGAACCCGAGCCUGAACCCAUCCCGGAGCCUGUUGAGAUCGACGAGGGGGAAGAAGACGACGUGGUGUUCAAGGCGGAGCCGGUGGAGCAGGUGGAGGUGGAGGACGACGCGGACACAGACGACGAGACGGCGCUCGCGCGCGCCGAACGCGACCGUGAGGCCGCGCUGCUGCUGGCGCACGUCCGCGUCAAGCUGGAGCCGCGGGACCCCGACGACGAGCCAAUAAUAACAGCGGAAGAGGAAGUCGCGACCACCGUCGCGGACACGACGCACGCGCGCGUGACGUCUACCAUCGACGGCAACGUGCAGCUGGACGCGGCGUCGCCGGCCGCCGCCGCCGCGCCGCUCGGCGGCAUCCGCAUCAACAUCUCCAAACUACCCGCAUUCGUGAAUAACAACACCAACGAUCAGAUGUUGGAAGACAUCAGCGCUGAUGAUGAACCACUACCCCCAGGCGAGGAACCGGAAUUGGAGUACAAGUUGAAGCCGAAUUUAGAAGGAAUACACUUCAGUAGGCAACCUCCUGUGCAAAGGGGAAGUGAAUUGUCCGGAUUGUGCUCUAUCAUGUAACUGCUCAAUGUACUCAAUGAUGGUAGAUUACACUCAAAUUUCGAAAUAUUACGUCACAUUGGUUUGAGUUUAGUAGGAAAACUUAUGGGUUAAAACUCAUCGCCUCAGAUAGGUGAUAGCUUUAGUUUGUGUUGUAUUGUGAAACUGAUUUUUUGUAAAUUGUAAAUUAAAUAUUGAAUUAGAUCCUACUACUGCUUAGUAAAGAAUUUUCUUCAUUUUUUAGUUCCAUAACAGUUAAUUACUAAGUUUGAACACAUUGAAAAUAUGUGACUAAUAUUUGUGAUUUUUCAACUACUUAGAGUUGUAGUAUCCAGUAUUUCGGGUAUAAUCAAAAGUGUCGUAAAUUAUUGAAUACUUCUAAAAUAAAUCAUAGUUUAUUUGACAAUUAUUAAUCACUCAUGUAUUUAAAGUACACAAUGAAUGCAUCUCUUUAUCUGUAUAGGUGAAAUAAGCAAGAUUACGUAGUAUUACGUAUAAGAAACAUUGUAUAUUUUGCCCUUAUUCUGAGCAGAAAGACAGACAUGUGAUAUCGAUUUCUCGUGUAGAACGUUUUUCUAACUUGAUAUUGAUUAGGAAAUUAAAAUUUUGAAUUGAAUACAUAAAGGGAAGAAUGAUAAUGUUAUUCUAUUUUUGCCGCAUGGCUUUGAGACGUUAUUUAUUUAUGGAUGACCAUCGUUUAUUUUUUAAUCUGUAAAUCCAUAAAAAUGUUCAGUAGUUAUAAUUUUCAGACUUGUUUUCCCAUGGAGCUCAAUUCUGAGUGUUUGGGACGUGGUGAAGUCUGAUUGUUUUCUAUCAAUAAAUUGUCAAUCAAGUAGCAUUGGCUACAUAAAUGGUUUUUAUAAAAUGUAACCAUUAUGGUUUUAUACCAUUUUAUUUAAUGAAAUGUGAUAUUAAUGUUAAGUUCCUUGUGUGCAUCGAUAUGCGUUAGGUUCUAUUGACGGUGUGUAAUCUAAAGUGUAUAUUAGGACUUGUAAAUUAGCUGUAUAUAAUUGUAUGUUGAGUUCUGUACUAUAUUGAAUCUCUAACUUCCUUAACAUAAUAAAAAUUAAAAGUUAAGACUUAUUUUUAUCACAACCCUAUUAGCCUAAUUAGUUCUUAAUCUUUACAAAAUAAUCGCCAAUAAGUGGUUUUUUCGUUUCUUGUUGUAUGAAGUUGUAACCUACGGUGUAACUUUUGUUUCUUCGAAUCAAUUGUUUCAACUUAUUACUUUAAUAUGUAAAUAAAUGUUUACACUGAUGAAA